AUGACCUCAGAAGAAAGUGAGUUCAAAUCAGAAUGUGCCAAACUGUUUGACAUGUUUUGUGAAAGGGGAUACCCUGACAAGUUCAUUGACAGUAUCAAACAAGAGGUCUUACAAGGCAGAAAAACAAAAAUUAAGCCUAUUUUGGGCACAGGUAUUGUAGAGAAAAAUAUGGGACAGGCUGAUCAUUUGAAACUUGAUUUUCAGUAUAGUAAAGCCUUUGUAACCCAAUAUAGUGCAAAGUUUGGUCUUAUUAGGAAGAUUAUUAAUGAUGAGUGGGCAGUUUUCAGGGAUAUAACUGACCUUGACAAGCUCAAGAACAAAAAUGUGAACGUUGUAUACAGAAGGGGGUAUAACAUCAAGAAUAUUCUUGAACAUGAUAUUGUUGUUAACAGAUAUUCAAAUCAGCGGGCUGCCUUAUCAGAACAACUACUUAAGUGGGAUACAUUUCAUGUUUUUACCCAGGCACCACAGUCCGUAUGCAGUAAAACCUGCAGUGUGGGAUUUCGGAAAGCUAAUCGUCCAGGGCAUCCUAUUUGCUGUUUUGACUGCAUCCAAUGCUCAGAAGGAGAAAUUGCCAACCACACUGACUCCACGGAAUGUAUAAAAUGUCAAGAUGACCAUUGGCCAAAUGCCAGAGGAGAUGUCUGCAUUCCAAAGCUCACUGAGUUCCUCGCCUAUCAAAACCCCCUAGGAGUAACUUUGGCUGCUAUUUCUUGUCUCAGUGCAUUGGUUACUGUCUUUGUUCUGUUUAUAUUUGCCAAGUAUCGCAACACUCCCAUUGUAAAGGCUAACAAUCGUGCUCUCAGCUACGUCCUCCUGCUGGGCCUUGUACUUUGCUUCCUUUGCUCCUUGAUAUUCAUCGGACAGCCUACACCAGCAGUGUGCAAGAUACGCCAAGUGGCUUUUGGACUAAUUUUUGUUUUUUGUGUUUCAUGUGUGUUGUCUAAAACAACCAUUGUAAUUAUUGCAUUUAGAGCAACAAAACCAAACAACAGUAUAAACAGGUGGGUAGGACCAAAACUGCCUCCUGCAAUAAUUUUUAUCUGCAUGCUAUUUCAGGUUAUUAUCUGUAUUGUCUGGUUAAGUGUGUCACCACCUUUCUCAGAACAGAACUUCAAAUCCCAAGUUGGAAUUAUAAGUUUAGAAUGUAAUGAAGGUUCUAUUAGUGCUUUCUGGUGUAUGCUAGGAUAUAUGGGCUUUCUAUCAUGCCUGAGCUUUACAGUGGCUUUCCUCGCUAGAAAUCUGCCCGACAGCUUUAAUGAAACUAAGUUCAUAACUUUCAGUAUGUUAACGUUUGUUAGCGUUUGGCUGUCAUUCAUCCCAGCCUAUCUAAGCACAAAGGGGAAGUACAUGGUUGCUGUGGAGAUAUUUGCCAUCCUGUCUUCCAGUGCUGGCUUGCUUGGAUGUAUAUUUCUCCCUAAAUGCUAUACUAUCCUGCUGAGACCUGAUAAGAACAAGAGAGGAGUCCUUACAGGGAAACAAGCAUUUAAUAGUAAAGUUGAAUAA